AUGUCAGACAACGGAAACGGUAAUAACCACCCAUCAACUGCGGUACCUCUUGCUAUACAUCCAAGCAGAUUGAGCAACUUCACGUCCAUUGCCAAGGACGAUUUUAGGGUGACUUCUGCUCCUUCCGCUUCAUCCAGUAGACAUGUCGAUCUGCCUGUAGGAAGUGGAGCAAAUAGCGUUCCCGUGAGAGCCACCGUCAAGAAGCGAAGGAAGCCAGUGGUAACUCUUCCACUUAAACCGUUAAGCAAGACUGCGAUUCUGAAAAAACAAAAAGAGAGACGGAAGAAAGCAGAGUUCUACGCAGGUGCAUUCAAAAGUGAAGCUGAAAAGGAGAAGGAGAGACUAAAGAAGCAAAGAGCAUCACUAAGGAAAGCUGCAAAGCCAAAGAAACAAAGAAAGACCACAUCUUUACAGAAGGACAAAGGGAAAGGCAAAAAGCAAUCAAGACAGUUGGUCAGUCACGGCGGUUCUGAGUCCGACCUCGAUGAGCUAUUGGCCGAGAUGGAGCAGAAUGCCAUAGGGCCCCCGAAUUCGGACCACGACGGUGAUGACGUGACCGACAUCGUUAACGAACCUGAACCUGUAUCUGCGUACUCAAAUGAUGAAGAGGAAGAGCGAAUUGAGUAUGGCCCUAGACCUGAAAAGGUGCAACAUGAGACUAUAGCAGACGUUGGCUCCUCUUUAAACACCCCAAUGACCAAUGAAGUCGAUAUUCAGCCAGAAGCUGGACCUUCCACUCCUCACGUAUACCAUGUUCAAUAUCCUGUUGGAGGGACUUCCUAUGAUAACGAUGGAUAUGGGAUAUUCUUCAAUGAGGAAAAAGAGGAUCCGCUCGAUAUAUGGGUAGACCCAGCACUCAAGGAUAGAGUUAGCAUGAUCCGAAAAAUAGAGAAUGAGGGGGGUCAGAUUUCCGCUGAACACAUUGACGAUCUCACUCAACUACUGAUAAUAUCACCAGCUAGCACAUAUAUAUUUGACAUGUACUGUCAUCCCGAUUGGCUCAAGCCUCGUGAUCUCGAAAGAUUCAAGCAGAAACGACAUCAGGCAGGGUCAGAGUCGAAUCAAGAUUUAUGGCAGAGAAAAGUGAUCUUGAAAGAUUGGUGGAUAGAUGACUGUUUGAAAGCUGGAAGGUUUCUAGGCCAAGCCGAUGGUUGGAGUGGAUGUAGAGCUGGAGGACCACCUGUUGACCUGCAUAUCAUCACCGACAAAUCGAAUGAAGAUGGUCCGAAUGACGAUCUCCCAGAGCAAGAUGAGGCUCAGGCAACUACCAUGCAACCGAAUCUGCAUAAUGGCGGUCAUGAAGCUCAGCACGGCUCAGCCGAUGAUGUAAUGCCUGACGAAGGGGAUGACAUGGAUAUUGACCCUGGAGGGGAUGAAGCAUUGGAAGAAGAUGAUGUUGUAGCUGCCAUAGCACCUAACGAGACGAUGAGCUUGGACGAAGUACCAGAUCACGAUUCCGCGGUUGAAUCCACUGCGACAAUGCCUAAAGUACCGACCGUAAAAGUUGCAAAAAGCGCUACUCCAUCUGCAGAUGGAAUACAUGAAAUCGACGUAGAGCCUGAACAUAUUCUCGCCGAGCCUUCUGACACCCUUAACCAUGUCAUGUCAGGCUAUGCUGUCAAUUUGGAUGCAACGGAAGCUGCAACUUGGGCUUGGGAUCAGGAAGCGAAUGAGGCGGGUCCGUCCAAUUAUGCUCAAAACGAAGUCGCGGGACAAGAUAUGGAGGACUUUUCGGAAGAGGAAGAAUUUUCAGAUCCUGCGAAUUUAUUUUCUGGAUUGAAGUUUUGGGUAGAUACUUCUUAUCCUGAGCGAAUUUCGCUAAUAGGGAAGAUUAAGGCUGCUGGUGCGGAACUAGCAACGGUAUACGAAGAUUCGACUCACGUUUUGAUACACAACUACAAACAUUCACAAUGGACUUCCAUAGUUCCAAGUCUUACUAAGCAAGGGAUUUGGUUCAUGAAUAUCUCGUGGGCAAUAAAAUCAGUGGAUCAAGGUAAGAAAUUACCCGAAAACGAUUACAUAGUGAUCCAUGGUGCGCCACCCUCCAAUGAACGUGACGAGAAACCCGUAAUUAAAGUUCAACCUGAAUCUAUUCGACCCGCCCUUUAUGAACAGUUAUUGCAACCAGAAGAGGUUUCAGAAAUAUUCGAGAGAGAAGCGAAAAUGCUGGAACAUGGAGGAACGUUGAAAGCUUUGAGUGCUUUCCUGGUAUCGAAAUACGGGACAUAUGUUGAAAGAACGUGGCGUAAUCUGUACCGAGAUUGGGAGAGAAACCAGGGACGUUUCCACAGUAUAAGCGCUUCACCAACGAAACGGCGACGUAUAUCACGAGAAGAGACUACACACAGUCCCAACCCCAAAGCCCCUGCUGAGAAAGUUAUCGUAGAACAUGGGAGUCUGUCUUCCGAAAAGGUAGCAGAGAUCUUACAAUCCGAGUCCGAGACAAGGAACGGGAAGGAUUACUCGGCAUUCGCGUUGUUAUUAGCUAAAACAUAUCCCCAAUAUGAUGCGAGAAAUUGGAAACGGAUGCUGACCUAUUGGGAAAACAAGACUGGUCGAUUUGCGCCCUCACAAUCUCAUCGCGAUCAACCCGCAGUCGUCCUUCCCACGGCUUCUUCAUCUUCUACCACUAUAGCUCAGUCACCACAGAAGGGAAAAUACAGUAAUGAAGUGCUGGAUAUGAUUUUCUCAAGCCCGGAUGUCAAACAAGCUGGCUCAACAUCUACAAGCAAUAUAGGUAGAUUUCUCGCAUCAAAGUAUGGGGACUACCAUAAUGCAACGUGGGCUAUAAUGUAUUCCGAGUGGCAAAGGAAAACGGGUCGCUUCAAGCCUUCUAACUCUUCAGCAACUGUUCCUAGGGUUACCAGGCGAGGUUCAUCCGCAACAGGCUCCACCAAACGCACAACGACGUCUCCAUCCAAAUCAGCUUAUUCCGAGAUAAUAGAUGAGCCUGGUGAUAAAGGUCCUGGAUCAUUGACGCCGGAGGAAAUGGCUCGCAUUUUCAAAGACAGGGAACAAGAUUUCAUCGACAGGAAAUUAACGUUCAUCGAGAUCGGGCUAAUGCUGAAGACCGAGCUCGGAGUAUAUGCUCGGUCAACUUGGCGAUUACAAUGGACUCAUUGGUUGCAGCGAAAAGGCAAAUAUGAGAACAUCAUAUCGUCACUACGAAGCACCGUUGCAGCUAAGGCGUAUGCUGAACAGGAUCUUCUAUCCACAGGAGACAAGACCCCCUCCGAGACUGGGUCUAUACUCGACAGAAAUACGGUAUUAUCUAGCCAUAUCCCUGUCAAGCGUAAAAUCAAACAAAAUCAAUAUACAAUCGCGGAAGAGAAACAAAUGGCAAAGUACAUCUCGGAAUACAAGUCGAAACAUCUCGUUGGGCAGCCAACUUUCAGGUCGAGGUCUGUCGAAGCUUGGAUAUCGUUUGCUGCUCAAUACCCCCAUCGUACAGCCGCUGCUUAUUCUCAACACUAUAGAGAAUAUUGUACUCGGAUUGACAGCUACGCCACGGGAAAAGAAGUCACGGGUGCAGACAUAGAGAUUGACGAAUUAGACGAAUUAGAAGCUCCAAGCGGAAGUCAGAGUCGUCCUGUUGAAAUCGAUGACGAUGCUGAAGCAUAUGAUGACCCAGACAAUCAACCUGUCAUUGUCAUCGACGACGAUGAAGAUGACGGAGAUUACGUUGAUGCGGAAUAA